UCCAUUGGACUGGUUGGGGUGGAGACGCCUUUGUGCUGGGAACUUCAGCACAAAACAUCUCCCUGAGGCUUCUCGAAGGGCAGGUGAGAAGGGCCUGGCUGUGUCAGGUGGGAGGAUUCCCAGCCGGGAGGAGACUGGGGUUAGGGAGCUAAGGUAAGAUCACCGGGAGUUGAGUGGGAGUCUCCAGAGGGUAUGGGCCGGGUCCUCCAUGCCAGCUGCCCUGAAAUGGGAGAGGGAAAUACCUAAUGCUUAAGCUUACUACAUGCCAGGUGCUAUUCUAAGUACUUCAGGUAACGAUUUUAAUUUUUCACAAUAAGACUCUGAGACAGGUAUUGUUAUCCCAUUUUAGGGAUGUGAAAAGAGGUAAGGAAGAUGGCAGAGGGGGGAUAUGAAUCCACUUACUGUAGCUCCAGACUCCUCAUUCUAGCCAUCUUGAGGCCUUGGUGGCCCUUCCGAUAAUGGUCCAGGAGCUAGAGUAGGGGAUGGGGGUAGACACCCAUCUUCAAAGGGGCCUGGGGGAUCCCGUGCCCCGACAUCACUGCUUCCUUCUUCUGCCGGCUUUCCUGGAAAGUGUGACAGGCGCUGUGGCCGGAAGUCCUGCGGUCGCGGCCCCCCAGGCUGCAGACCCCGCCCGGAUGGGGCCCCUGUGCCUCCUCCUGACUGCCGCGCCGCUCCUGGCCCAGGCGGCACCUCCGGAGGCCUCCCAGCACUGCGGGGGCCUCGAAUACUGGAACCCUGAUAACCGGUGCUGCGGCAGCUGCUUGCAGCGCUUCGGGCCGCCCCCCUGCCCGGACUACGAGUUUUCAGAAAACUGCGGGCUCAAUAACGCUGGCGAUCACGUGUCGCACCCCUACAAAGAGUGUCCUUUUGGGCAGUGCAACCCCGACAGUGCGGAGCUAUGUAGGCCUUGUGGCGGCGGAGCCACGGCCCCCGCCCCCGCGGGGAGCCGGAGCGGAACCCAGUGGCGCUGCAAAGAGAGGCCCGUCCCUCCCAAGGAGCCGUGCCCCCUGAAGUCCUGGAAACCCGAGGUCUUCAGUUCCCAGGAGCCCAGCCCAUCAGCGAUUUCCAGUCUCUCCUGGACGUCGGAGCACAACGUCACCCGGCAGGCCCUGCAGACCUCUGCCCAGGCGGUGGUGCUGGUUCUCUCCGUGCUGGUGCUGCUGGUCACCUCUGCGGCGAUCCUCCUGCUCGCCCAGCAGUGCCGCCGUCAGGCAAAAGUCCUCCAUCCCUGUCCUGGCUUGGUUUGUGGCGACACCAACAUCCAUACCUUCUUGCACUCAUCCUCUCCAGGCCCCCUGGAGGCACCAGAGGCAGGGGACUCCUGGAAGGAGGUGGCUCUGGUUCCCCUCCUGGGCAGAGUUUGUCUCCCAGAGCUGCCGAAUCUGGCCUCACAGCCCCUGUCUCGCCUCCUGGAUGAGCUGGAGGUGCUAGAGGAGCUGAUAGUGCUGCUGGAUCCUGAACCCGGGCCUGGUGGGGGCAUGGCCUGCGGCACCACUAGACACCUGGCGGCGAGAUACGGAGUGCCCGCUGCCUGGUCCACCUUCGUCUACUCGCUGCGGCCGAGUCGCUCGCCACUGCGGGCCUUGAUCGAGAUGGUGGUGGCAAGGGAGCCCUCAGCCUCCCUGGGCCAGCUUGGCACGCACCUGGCCCAGCUAGGGCGGGCAGAUGCGCUGCAGGUGCUGUCCAAACUUGGCUGAUCUGGGGCCUGCCCAGCCUAGUCCUCAAUAGAGCUUCCUAUGAAGUA